AUGUUAGGUCCACUCCCCAAUCCAGAUAUUAAACCAGAUCGUCUGAAAGAAUUUUUUUCCACCUAUUUCCAUACCAAACCCAUAGGUGCUGGAGUAAAACCUCAAACUCAAGAGAAAACUGUAGAACAAAUUGACCCACAAAGUUCGACUAAUGAUGAAGAGUUGAAUUUAACUUAUUUGAAUUAUGCUAGGAUCUUUAGAACUUGUCCAUGGUCGAAAUAUCCUUCAAACUAUUUAUCCUGGCUAGAUAAGGUUGAAAAGAUUAAAGGAGAUUUCUGGAAGGAAAUAGGCAUUUUCGACCUCAUUCAAUUGUCGAGAGUAGGACCCAACAUUUGCCCUAAUAUGCUUUUAGCUUCCCUCUAUUUUUGGGACAGUACCUAUAACACUUUUCACCUUCCUUGUGGGAUGGUCACACCCACUCUCUUCGACGCAGCAGCCAUCGUUGGCCUUCUCCCCAAUGGGAUAGAUUUCGACCCCACCAACCUAAAUGAAGAUUCUAUAGCUUUCGAUGCUAGCUUUGCUCCAUACUCUUUAUUCAUGUCUCAUUAUCAUGACAAGGAUACCACAAAAGUCUCGGAUGUCGAACAUAUAGCCUUUUUGACUCUAUGGCUAACAAAAUAUGUGUUUUGCUCCCGUUCCCUCCAAGUUGCCAAAAGAUUCAUCACUAUGGCUAAUCAGUUUCACGCAGGAACCAAACUAUGCUUAAGUGAAAUGAUUUUGGCGAAUCUUUACGAAUCCUUGAGUGAAAGUGUAAAUUUUUUGAAAACCAUCAAAGACAGAUGUAAAAUCAAUUUGUCAGGACCUUUCUGGCUUUUACAAUUAUGGCUCAAUGCCACCUUUGAAGCUUCUCUUCCUGUAAAACACGAAGUGAACGAAGAAAAAGUGAAAGACAUGACUGUCGAAUGA